CAAUGCUGCUCAGGAGAUCAGCGAACUCAUCUCUCACCCCUUGUCCUCUCUCCCAGUCUUUUCCUCUCAAGUCCAGACCUGCAUGUAACGGGAGCUAACAAGGAACGUGAGCCAGGCCAAACAGCGUAUGAGGAAGUGGACUGAUGAUAACUGGGAGAAAUGGAGGAGACCCAAAGCUCAGAGCAAAGGAAAUUGGAAAUUGCUAGAUACCCAUUUCACCAGCAGGCUCCCUGGAUACUCCGCACUUUGUUUGCAGUUCAGCACCUGUUGGUCCAGGCAGCCCUUCUCCAGAUAGUUCACUGCCUUCUGAUUGAUGCCCUUCCAACCAACCAGAGGGCUCGCCAGCACGGCUACCAGUUCAUGGCCACCAGCCUAUUCUCCUCUGGCAUCUGCACCCUGUUACAAACCACUGUGGGCAGCAGGUUGCCGCUAGUCCAGGCUCCUUCUUUUGAAUACUUGAUCCCUGCUGUAAUUCUUAUUUCGCAUCCCAUGGAAACCAACGCCUCUCAUCAUAACGAUACUGACCUGGUGGUUCCGUGCCCUGGAACUCAGUGCCCUGAGACAGAAUUCAGUCUACAGACAUGGAAAAGUGCCCUCAGUGAGGUACGAGGAGCGGUGACUGUUUCGGGAAUACUCCAAGUCUUGCUGGGAUUCUCGGGUAUCCAGGGUGUGGUCACCCAACACUCUGGGCCAAUGGUGCUGGCACCCAUGCUCUCCAUCAUUGGCCUGAGCUGUUACAAGGAGGCAGCACAAUUCAGCUCUUUGCACUGGGGAGUCACAGCCUUGUUCAUCCUCCUGGUGGUGCUGUUGUCUCAACAUCUGCGAUCCUGUUCCAUCCCGAUUUUAAGGUGGAGGAAAUCCGAAGGAAUUGACGUUUUGACUCGUCUCCCCAUCUUCAGAAUAUUUUCGCUGCUACUGCCGAUCGUUUCUCUGUGGAUCCUCUGCGGGAACCUACGGGAAGGAGCAGCCAUGAAUCCUUAUCCAGGUGGAGGUUUCCAGGGAAUCCUUGGCACCAACAGUACAGACCUGGUGCCCUGGUUCAGAGUCCCUCUCCCAGGUCAGUGGGGAGCGCCCACGAUCAACGUUCGGUCGUUGUACUUGGGAACCAUCAUGGCGUUGGGUGCCAGCGUCAGCUCUCUAGGCUGUUACAUGAUGUGCGCCAAAGUGACAGGCUCCCUGCACCCCCCGAGAGAUUCCUGCAAUCGAGGCAUUUGUUUGGAAGGAGUCGGAAGCUGCAUUGGUGCUGUCCUAGGAGGCAUUUCUGGAACGUCAUCCAGUAUUCCCAACGUCGGAGCUUUGGCACUAACACAAGUGCAGACCCGGCAUUCGGUUCAGAUUGCAGCUGUGCUGUGUGUUCUGGUUGGAAUGUCGGCCAAGCUGACCUACUUCCUCACCACCAUUCCAAUGGCCAUCCAUGGUGGGGUACUCAGCAUUACGUACACAAUGGCAGUGUCUGUAGGAGUUUCUUAUUUCCAAUACACGAAUAUCGAUUCCGGCCGUAACAUCUUUAUCAUCGGAUUCACCAUGUUCAUGGCACUUCUCACCCCUCGAUGGUUCAGUCACAACUCGGAAUACAUUGCAACAGGUAUAACCAGCCUCGAUCUCUUUCUCUUGGCUCUGCUGUUGACUCCAGUGAUCCACGGAGGGUUCCUGGCUUUUCUCUUGGAUAACACUGUCUCAGGGACAUCGGCAGAACGAGGAUUGGUGGCAGAUUUCCCCGGUUUCCAUUUGCGGCAGGAAGGUCAACUCAGUUGUCAGCAGCAAGAACUAAUCGACAUUUAUCAGCUCCCUGCUGGUGUGCACACGUCUUUGAAGUACCUGUGCCCCAAGUUCUUUCCCUUCCGCAACCUUUGCCCGGUCUCGGAACCAACACGGGAACACGCAGAGGUAGAGGAGAACAGGGACUUGCUCCCUGUUCCCAUUCUCCAGGCAAGCCGAGAGGAAGAAAGGGUUUCCAGGUCCUCCAAGAAUGUUCAGGGGAUUCUAAGAAUUCCAGAUUGAGACUGCUGAGGCCAAAACCCAACAAGGAAAAACAUUAGCCCAUAAAAAGAUUCUUUUUCCUUUUUCAUUAUCUUUGCACAUAUUUAGUCAUUUGCUAUGAAACAAUUACUGGGAGAUGGGACUGUUCAAAUGGGUGCGGUUGGGUGAAGGUUCCAGGGAUCCAGCCAAUUGGAGGUGUAAGGGGUAUUUGGAGUUUCCAAUCCUUCAGGAUUGUCCUGGAAUCUCUGGGGAAAAAAAAUGUCUUUGUCACAGCAGGGGUGGAGGGGACCAUGGAAAAUUUGAACUUUCACAGCUUUUGCAAGUUAUAAAAAAUAUUGAGAGCUGGGAAGGAAAAGGCUGCUUUGUAAAACUUGACAAUCACAUAUUGUCCAAUUGGGUUAACAAUGUGUCUGCUCGCUAUCCAACUGGUCAUGGGAAGACCAGAGGCACAGCAGGUAACUAGCGGGCAUGAGGUUUAGGGGGCGAAUGAAAGAUUCAGGAAACAUCUAGGAUUCAAAAUGAGAGUGUCGUCGAUAGUGGGGACGAAAAUUCCAGGAGGCAGGAAACUGAUUAGGUGGACAGAAAAGUGGCAAAUGGAACCCAGCCUGAAGAAGUGUGAGGUAAAACACCUUGGGCAAGCACAGUAGUGUAGCGGUUAGCAUAACGCUUUACAGCGCCAGCAACCUGGGUUCAAUUCCCACCGCUGUCUGCAAGGAGUUUGUACGUUCUCCCCGUGUCUGCGUGGGUUUCCUCCGGGUGCUACGGUUUCCUCCCACAUUCCAAAGACGUACGGGUUAGGAAGUUGUGGGCAUGCUAUGUUGGCGGCGGAAGCGUGGCAACACUUGCGGGCUGCCCCCAGAACACUCUACAUAAAAGAUGCAUUUCACUGUGUGUUUUGAUGUGCAUGCGACUAAUAAAGAAAUCUUAUCUUAUCUUAUCUGGGGAGGGCAAAUGGGUUAGGAUUAGAUACUGGUAUUUCGAAUGGUUAUGGUAGAAGUAAUGAGUAGAUCUGCAGAGAGCGGCUUGCAACGAGUCGUCACACUCCGGCACCAUCUUGCUGAGAGAGAUUAGGGUUAGGGUCAACAGAUUCCACAAUAAGGUGGCUAAGAAGGCACCUGGUACUUGCCUUCAUUGGCCAAGACACAGAAUGCAAAAGCACUAAGAAGUCAUGGUUGGUACGAAAUAACCUAUUGGGUAGGCCUUGGGUAGAAGGGUAAGUGUAGUUCUGGUCACCACGCCACAGGAAUGAGGUGGUAAAACACCUGAGAGGGUGCAGAGGAGAGUUAUUAAAUGAGUUUGUUCUGGCUAAUGGGUAGUUGCUUUCAUUCGAACAGGGGGAGCUGAAAGCAGACCAGCAGAGGUGUCAGGAAUCACGAGGCAUCAGGUACUCUUAAAAAGGGUGAGAGGGAAGUUGAGGAGUUUUUCUUCUCACCUGAUGAGGUCUGGAACUCACCGGUUGAAAGGAAAGUGCAAGCAGAAACCCUCAAUGUGUUUAAGAGGCAUCUGAAUGAGCACAGAGGGCUGCAGAUCACGGGCCAGGAAGUGGGAUGAGCUGGAUGGAGUGGCCUUCUUCUCCGUUGGAGAUUCGGUAACCAUAAGGGAAGGCAGUGAGGAGCAGCUGUGGUGAGAAAAAG